ACUGCACUUCCCGGCCUGCAUAGCGCGGUGACGUCACCUGUCUGGAUUGUUCCUUCUCGGCCGCCGUGCGGGAGGCGGAAGUGGCAGAGCAAGAGGCGAUGAGGAGGCCGCCCGGCGGGCACCACUAUGGGCAAUAUAUUUGGGCGGAAGAGACGGAGCCGGGUUACCGAGCAGGACAAGGCUGUGCUGCAACUCAAGCAGCAGAGGGACAAACUGAAACAGUAUCAGAAGAAGAUCACACUACAGCUGCAGCGUGAGCGGGAAGUGGCCAAACAGCUUCUCCACAAUGGCAAAAAAGAAAAAGCCAAAUUACUGUUGAAGAAGAAGAGAUAUCAGGAGCAGCUGCUGGAGAAGACGGAUAAUCAGAUCAGCAACUUGGAGAAAAUGGUUGAGGAAAUAGAAUUUACCCAGAUUGAAAUGAAAGUCAUCGAAGGCUUAAAAAUCGGCAACGAUUGCUUGAAGAAGAUGCACGAGGUGAUGUCUAUAGAAGAGGUGGAGAAGAUUAUGGACGAGACACAGGAAGGCAUUGAUUACCAACGGCAAAUUGAUGAAAUUCUGGCUGGAACUCUGACCUCAGAGGAUGAAGAGGCAAUUCUACAGGAACUUGAGGAGAUCACUCAGGAAGAUAUGGAACUCCCAGAGGUGCCCACAGAGCCACUUCCAGAAACCACUCCGGAGAAAGAAGCUGUCAAGAACAAACCCAAACCACAGCUGGUGGCCGCUUCCUAACCUAACGCCGCGUUCCUGCGGUCAGAAUCACCGCAGCCCGUGUUCACGGAGGGCGUUCUGGGCCCCGAGCGCUGCAAUUUCCU